CCUACGGAAGCCCGCGCUUGGAUCGCGCUGCCUUGAGUUGGGCCGUAGCAUCCUAGCGGUUGGACGCAGAUGCGAAGGUCCGAGAACUGACGCCGGUUGGGCCGCUCCGGGAGUCAGCCCUUGAGCGGAGCGGAACGGCGAGACUAAUCAAAAGGAUGGAUUUCACAGAGGCUUACUCAAGCACAUGCUCUACAGUUGGACUUGCUGCCAGAGAAGGCAACGUUAAAAUUUUAAGGAAACUCCUCAAAAAAGGUCGAAGUGUAGAUGUUGCCGAUAACAGGGGAUGGAUGCCAAUUCACGAAGCAGCUUAUCACAACUCUGUAGAAUGUUUGCAGAUGUUACUUCAUACAGAUUCAUCGGAAAACUACAUUAAGACAAAGACUUUUGAGGGCUUCUGUGCAUUACAUCUUGCUGUUAGUCAAGGACACUGGAAGAUCACGCAGAUUCUUUUGGAAGCUGGAGCAGAUCCUAAUGCAGCUACUUUAGAAGAAACCACACCGUUGUUUUUAGCUGUUGAAAGUGGACAGAUAGAUGUUCUGAAGUUGUUGCUUCAACAUGGAGCAAAUGUCAAUGGGUUCCAUUCUAUGUGUGGAUGGAAUUCCUUGCACCAGGCUUCUUUCCAGGGAAAUGCUGAGAUUAUAAAACUGCUUCUUAAAAAUGGAGCAGACAGAGAAUGCCAGGAUGACUUUGGAAUCACACCCCUGUUUGUGGCUGCUCAGUAUGGGAAGCUAGAGAGCUUGAACAUUCUUAUGUCAUCUGGUGCAAAUAUCAAUUGUCAAGCCUUGGACAAAGCUACUCCAUUGUUUAUUGCUGCACAAGAGGGUCAUAUAAAAUGUGUGGAACUUUUGCUGUCCGGUGGGGCAGAUCCUGAUCUUUAUUGCAAUGAAGACAAUUGGCAGUUGCCUAUUCAUGCUGCUGCACAAAUGGGCCAUACAAAGAUCUUGGACUUGUUAAUACCGCUUACUAACCGGGCUUGUGACACUGGUCCAGACAAAGUGAGCCCUGUUUACUCAGCAGUGUUUGGAGGACGGGAAGAAUGCCUGGAAACAUUACUGCAGAAUGGUUACAGCCCAGAUGCACAGAUGUGCUUGGUCUUUGGAUUCAGUUCCCCUCUGUGCAUGGCUUUCCAAAAGGACUGUGAAUUCUCUGGAAUUGUGAAUAUUCUAUUGAAGUAUGGAGCCCAGUUAAAUGAACUUCACUUGGCAUACUGCCUCAAGUAUGAGAUGUUUUCAAUGUUUUGCUGCUUUUUGAAGAAAGUUUGCCUAUUGACUCCUUGGAAUCAUACAUCUGAAUUUAUAAGUUACGCAGUUAAAGCACAAACAAAAUAUAAAGAGUGGUUGCCACAUCUCCUGCUUGCUGGAUUUGACCCAUUGACUCUGCUGUGCAGCAGCUCUUGGGUUAACUCAGUCAGCGAUGAUGUCCUUAUUUUUAUUUUGGAAUUUUCUAAUUGGAAGAGACUUCCACCACCUGUUGAAAAGAUGAUCUCUGCUCGUGCAAACUCUUCUUGGGCUCUUCAGCAACAUAUGGCUUGUGUCCCAUGCUUGACCCAUCUCUGCCGUUUGGAAAUUCGGGCCAGUCUAAAAGCAGAGCACCUUCGUUCUAACAGUUUCAUCCAUCAGUUGCCUCUUCCCCGAAGUCUGCGGAGCUAUUUGCUCUAUGAAGAGGUUUUGAGGAUGAAUGAAAUUCCAGAACCUGCAGCUGUUGAUGAUGUAGAAACCAGCGAGGCUCCUGACAGCUCAAUUGUCAGUGCUGUAUAGUCACCAAAGAUGGGACUGUUUAGCCGGGCGGUGGUGGCGCACGCCUUUAAUCCCAGCACUCGGGAGGCAGAGGCAGGCGGAUCUCUGUGAGUUCGAGGCCAGCCUGGUCUACAAGAGCUAGUUCCAGGACAGGCUCCGUAGCUACAGAGAAACCCUGUCUCGAAAAACCACAAAAAAAAAAAAAAAAGAUGGGACUGUUUACAACUGGGCUGCCCAGUCCCUCCUCCCCAAUACUGAGAACUUUGCUCAUCCUGCCUUACUCGGUUGUCUCCAGUGUACUUUGUUUUGUAGUGUUUGCUGACCUGAUCAUUUUUUUUUCUGCUUUGUUCUGCUACCCAGCUGUGAUGCUGCUAUGGUGUUGGAUGUGACCUCUUCUCAGUUAAGAUUCGUGUUCACCUGUGCUUGAAACUAGGGAUGGAAGCCAUAAACUUCCCAGGAAGAAGAUAUAAUAACUGUGCUUUCGAAUCACUUAACACUGUUAUUCUAUUUAUGCACUAACAUCCUCUAUGUUUAUAAAAGGAAAUUUUCCUAUGUUGUUCUUAUUUUUUAAUUCAGAUAUAUUUGUGAGGUGUUAAUAUUCUUGCAUCUUAACUUGCAAACUCAGGGGAAAGUUUUCGAAGAACAUAGAUUUCAGUCAUAUUGUUUUCUUAGAUCCUUUCUUCAUAUUUUUUGGCAAAAUAUACCCCAUUUUCAGUCUGCCAAGACAAGAACAUACCUAAAGUCAAAGGCAUACUCACUAUAAAAAUUAUGUCCUUUUUAGAAAUAUUGUACUGCACUCAGAAUAUUAAUAAGGAGACCUGAAAGGAGCAUUCAUACAGCACCAUCUGUAGAGACAGGGGCACAUUUCAGUUGUUUAAUGCUAAAUAGAACAGUCAGACUUCACUCAGCUAUAGAAUAAGAGGGCAGGUUUGUUUCUAUGAAUCAGUAAUAGCCAAUAAUAUUCUAUUCAUACAUACACUACUUUUCCUUCUUAAUACCUGGAUGUAUUUUUAGACCAUUGAUAAAGACCUUAGAGUCCUGCCUUGUGAGUUUUUACAAUAGCUUUAUCUAAACCUUGAGUCAAGAAAAAUCAAACAUCAUCAAGACAUUUGUCUGAGAGACUGGAAGUUAGCCUUGAGAGGGAGGUAUUAGGGUGUUAAUGUCAUAAUAGGCAGCACAGGCUGAUUUCUACAGGAGGCAGAACUUCAUCUCUUGCCAGCAACCUGUGCUUGAUUAGAUCAUCUGGACCUAUCUCUAAUAGACUCUCAAAACGAGCAUGAUGAAGGUGGACUUCAUUAGAAUGAGUUAGAAGACUAACUCAUUUCUCAUAUUCAAAGUCUUGUUUGAUGUAGAUAUAUAGUUAGAUAUUGAAAAUCAGGCAGAAGUUCUGAUCGUUCAAUUUAACAAAGAUUUUCCAAAACUGUAUGCACUAUGUGUUUUUUUUUUUUUUUAAUAGCGUGACCUUUGUUUUUCAAACUCUGUUUCAGGAUUUAUUUUUGGUCAUGGCUAACUAUACACAUAAUGCUUUUACAGGAUAUCUUUUAAUGUAUUCAGUUUGUGUUCAAAUGUAUUACAAAAAUCCAGUUUUCCAUAAGCUAGCAUUAAGGUUUUAUUUUUGAAACCCUAAAAUUCAGUACAGAUGGCCCCUCCCUGGCUGGUGAUUUUUUGACUUUAUAGGAUUGAAAAAGUGACAAGCAUCCCAUAGAAACUGCACUCUGAACUUCAUCUUUUCCUAGGCUAGCAAUACACAGUAUGCUAGUCUCUUGGAGUCUGAUGAUACUGAGAAGUGACAGUGAGCUUCUCUGUAUCAUGUGGUCAUGUAGUCACAAGGAUGUCUGUAGGGGCAUGAAUGUUCACAGGUACGCACCGGAGUGUCCUUAUAGUUUGGUUGAGUAUUCUUUGGGUAUAUGCCCAAGAGUGGUCAUGUUGGGUCUUGAGGUAUGUUGAUUCCCAAUUUUCUGAUAAACCACCAUACUGAUUUCCAAAGUGGUUGUACAAGUUUGCAUUCCCACCAUCAAUGGAGGAGUGUUCCCCUAACUCCACAUCCUCUCCAGCAUAAUCUAUCAUUAGUGUGUUUGAUCUUAGCCAUUCUUACAGGUGUAAGAUGGUAUCUCAGAGUUGUUUUGAUUUGCAUUUCUCUCAUGGCUAAGGAUGUUGAACCUUUCCUUAAAUGUCUUACAGCCAUUUAAGAUUCUUCUGAGAAUUCUGUGUAGUUCUGUACCCCAUUUUUAAUUGAAUUAUUUAUCUUACAUGUGGUUCCAAGCUUUGAAUUUUCAGAUAAAUGUUUUAAAUUUCGAGUGUCUGUAAAACUCAAAGCAUGAAAUGGAUCAUAGUGGAGAACAGGCCUGGAGGGAAGUGGGAUGGCAGAGGAAAUGCACUGUGGAAGGGGUAAGGAAACCUUGAAAGUGGAAAGUUUUCAUCAGCAAGGGGAGAAGCAUGGUGGUGGGGAAAGGGUUAACCAAAAUUAAGUAUGGAGGAAAAAAAUCCUUUUGGAAAGAUACUACAUUUGAAGUCCUUUAAAACCAUUUGAGGGGCUGGUUAAAUAGUUUAGCAUGUGAAGGUGCUUUAUGCCAGCCAUAUGCUAUUGAGUUUGAUGUUGGGAAACCACAUGGUAGAGGUAAGAAAAUGAUCUAGAAAAUGCUGCUCUCACCUCUACACAUGAACCGUGGCUUGCCACCAAGCCUAAUGAAUGGAGUUGCAUCCUUGGAAGCCUAUGUAAAACAACUGAAUGAAGGAGCCCUGCAUGCAUGUGUAAUGUUCUUCCCAAAGAUUAAGUUGACUAAACAAAGGUUCCAAUACUGUGAGAUAGUGUAAUCUGAUGUGAAGAAAGGGGGCUCCUGUCAAACAUUACAGGAUACUACCAAUGUCCUCAUUAACACACGGGGAUUAGAUUGUUGGACAAUUCUGAACACACUAUAUACUUGGGAUAUAGGACAUUUAAAGGUCAUGUUGUAUCUGUGCUGUAUAGGUUUACAGUACUAGAAGCUUCUAUGCAAGCUACUGGAUGAGGAAAGUUGGUGAUGAUUCUACCCAUCUGUAGACCCUGCAUAUGACAACUUGCCUGGCAAGAUAUUGUCCGUGUGAUAGUGUGUUGACUCUUAUAGGAACAAUAAAGUUUGUGACUUGAUUUUAAGUCUACCACACAGUAGGGAACUCUUGGCUGGUUCUCUAAACCUGGUUCAGAGCCCAAUGACUAAGGCCAUGGUGAUGUAAUAUGGAAAUCUCUCUGAUUCUAGAGACUGAAACCUUUGCUGGACAUCACAGUCAGAGGUCAUAACAUGUUUUGAGGUCAUUUAAGAUAUAAAGCUGCUAUCUUACUGUGUACUCAAACUGAUUGUUAACCCACUUUUAAGAGAAUAAUGUAACAAUGACCACUACUUUCCUUGGUCUUCCUACAUAGCCACCUUUUACAAACUAAACUAAUACUUAACUAAUCUUAUUUUCUUCUGUGCCCCCUGAUCCAGAACAAAUGUGUAUAAUUUGUAUAAAACAGCAUACACAGAGGUUGAAAACACUCUUAAAUGAAUAUCUACCAGAACAGUUGAACACAGCAUCAUCAAUGGGCAAACAUGGUGUUUGUAAUGUUUUUUUGUUGUUGUUGUUGUCUGGGUGAGUUGGGAUCAGUUGCAGUUAUUACCUUCAUCCCUUGUCAGACUCCACGAAUGAUUCUGUAAGAUAUCCCACUCCUUCCCCAGGUGAUUCUUAUGGGAAAAUUCAAUAAAAGGGUGAGCAACAAAAGGGGCAGACAUACAUUCACACACAGGGACAGAUGCAGGGACAGACAGACAUAGGGACAGACACAGACUCAGACAUGAAAACAGACACAGGGACAGACAGACUUCUUCAGAAAGGCACAGAUUUAGAUUCAUGCACCAGACAGAGAAGGGAAGACAGGGAACAUGUAGAAAAUUCAAAUCUGGAAAUGACUCCCAGUGGAAGUGCUUUUAUUUCUUUCCUUAAUGCCACACUGAUGAAGUUUUGGUGACCCUGAGUUAAUCACUGAUGUGUUGAAUUCACACACUAGGCCCUCUGUUGUUGUUUUGUUAAAAUUACAUAGACCCAAGCUGCCUUCUAAGUACUCUCGCUGACACCUAUACAUUCGAGCAACUGUGAUCCCUAAUGAGAGAUGUUUCUUUAGUCAAUGGGCUCUGGUGAAUGCAUAGACUCACACCUGGCCAAAGUUUAGAGAAUGCAUAACUGUGCAGUUCUCAGACCUCAGCAGGACAUCUGAAGCACAACACCCUCCAAGGCUCCUCAGGGACUACUCUGGAAGAGAGAGGCGGAGGUUGUAGAUGGUUUCUGUGAAAUGGUGUCAAGGACACAAUGAUCAUCACACACAGGAAGGAGCUCGUAAGGCCCCAGCCUCAGUGAGGGACUUUUCUCACUUAAUUUGUGCUGGGGGAUGGGAUGCCAUAAAAAUUACAGAAAAAGGAAAUUCAGGUAAGCAGCCACACUUUAACUCUGUGGAUGUUAAGGCCAAUAGAGUAGUUUGGGUGGUGCUUUUUACUUAUGUUAGAGUUGAGUAUGGAAACCUCUACAAGACUGGUCUUUGACUUAGAAAAUCCACUAAAAUUCAUUGACGCCUAUUAUUGAACUCCAGUUCCCAAAAAAGUAAUGGGAGGCUCAGAUACCCAGAAAUGGGCUCAACCUGGACUUUGGAGGAUAUUUGGAGGAUAGAUAAAAGCCAACAUUCCUUACAAACUUGUGAAGUUAGUUCUUCUACCCAAAGGUGUCAUUUCUCUUAUCACUAGAAGUAGGGAAUAUUGGUGGCCUGUGGUGUCUAUUAUCACAAUAAGAUACAGACUGGCCUCCAGGCUCCUUCAGUGGCACAACUACCUGCUGUACAGUUCAAAGUCCACGCUAGUGUUCUAGGUCUUCUACCCUCCUGCCCUCCCCUAACCUUCCUCUAGUUCAGAAGCAUCCCUACCCCAGCUCCUCAUUCUCUUUCUAAGCCUAUCUCUCUGUCUCCUCCUGUCUCUAUGUUCCUCCCCCUCUCUGUGUGUCUCCUCCUCUGUCUCUCUCCCUCUGCCUCUCUGCUUUUGCUUCUUUCAUAGUCAGGUGUUCAGCCUACAUCUGUUCCUGCUCUGUCUGAUUCGAUAUGCCACUACCUGUUCUAUCUCUGAUAGGUAUUAUAGAAGCUUUCUCCUUAAACGUGUCACCAAAACAUCAUGUCAACAGUUUGUACAAUACCAAGAAACAGUUUAAAAUAUUUUUAAAACAUAUUUUAAUGAAAAAACUAUUAUAUACUGAAAUCAAUAUAUACGGUGUCAAGAAAUAUUUAGCAUUAAAUUUUAUAAAUUUUCUUAAAUAUUCCUGAAAUUGUCAUUGUUGUCAGUAGUAGCUCCUCAUAGGCUUCAGCAGCAACUAAAAAGAAAAGCAAGAAUUAUCAGUAGUAUCAAGAACAUCAUUGGUGGCAGCGACAGGAUGAGCAGUAACAGAGGCAUCACCAGUAGAAUCUUAUGUAGUGUCAUGUCACAAUGAAUGUCAUUGUAGUUGAGAAGUGGUGACAAUGUGGAGUCUUAUUUCAUUGGUUUUAAUUCUCACAUGUUGCUUCUUUGGGGGUGUUUAUUUCCAAAAUGAUGCUAUCCACAUAAGUCACAGUGUAUGGACAGAGAAAAAUAGAAACUAAUAUCUAACGGUUACAUUUCUCUGCUUAGCCAUUCAGACAACACAAGUUUCAUGUUAGAUGCAUUUUCAAUAUGAUUCGAAAAGAUAACCUUUUUUUCUAGUUUUAGGUAAUGGCUAAAGGUCUACAAGAGCUAGUUCCAGGACAACAACCAAAAAAAAGCUACGGAGAAACCCUGUCUCAAAAAUUUAAAAAAAAAAAGAGUCAUAUAUAUCACAAAAUUUAUUUAUGAUAUGUAUUGGUGCCAAAGAGAAUUGGAUUUCUAGCAUCUAUUUUAAACCACAGCUGUGGUCUAACUUACCUUGUUAAACUCAUUUUAAUGCAUGUCACGUGUUAAAUUAGGUUGAAUACCCACAUCAUCACUGUUGAUACGAAUUUCAGAAACCAUAUUCCAGUUGUUAGCAUGAGCAAUGCCAUUGUUGCUUCCCAAAGCGGCAGACCCUUGGAGUGAGUUGCAUAGUGGGUGUAUUCAGCUGGACUGGUAGCACUGAAAUACUCAUUAGCACUAUGAGGGUCGAAAGUGUCACCUGGAACAUGAACAAGAGCAGAUUCCUGAUCAGUAGUGAAGCUACCACACUUGUGUUCUCUUCUAAGCAAGUUUCAAGAACA